GAAGAAAGUAAAACAAACAAUGGCUUAUGCUGCUGCGACUUCUCUCAAACAAACAAUAAAAAGACUCCUAUGUUCUUCCAACGUUUCCAUUGAUUCUUCGAGUCGAGAAAUCCUAGAUAUUGCACACAAUCACCUCACAUCCUUGCAAGAAACCCUCAAAAAAUCAGACGAAUUCCUCCGCAGCAACGGAUUGAGAGCGUUGGAAGAAAAAAUCAGAGACGCCAUACACAACUUAGAAGAUUCCCUCGAAUCACAGUUUGUAUCAGAUCUCGAUGAAGAAGAGGCCCCCAUUUCCUUUCCUCUGGAGCUAGACUUGAAGGAAGUAUCGCACGAGUUCAACUCCUUUGCGGAAGCAGCGAAGAAGAUGAAGGAAGACUACAAUCAACAUCUCGACAAUCCUUCUUGUGAUGAAAAUGAUGAUGCAUCACAACAGACGAUUGAUUGUAAUGUUGAGAUGGUUGGAUUAUCCGAUCACUACAGCGAUUUGAAAGAUCAUGUGAUGAGAGUGAUAAGGCCAGACGACUUCGGUUUCUUCUCCUUCUUCGGCAAACCAGGCACCGGGCGAUCCCUUCUUGCCUGGGGCGUCUAUGAUGACAUACAAGGUUCAUUCGACUGCAGCGCCUGGGUGAGGAUAGGCUCAACAUAUGACCUCAAACAACUCCUCUUAAACAUCAUUUCUCAAAUCAAUGAAGUGGAUGAUCACGAAUUACUCCUGAGCUCCCAAGGAGAGGAGAAAUUGGGGGAAUAUGUGUACACUAUUUUGGAAGGACGAAGGUACAUGGUUGCGUUGGACGACGUUCGCGACACGGAUAUUCUGAUCAAGCUGAGAGGAUCGUUGCCAGAGCAGAACAACGGAAGCGUGGUGCUGCUGACGACGGGAUUAAGUGAAGUAGCGGAAUUCGACGAGAGCUUUGUGCUUCUUAUGCCGCCGACCAUAGAUGAAGACUUCAUCUGGCCUUUCAUACGGUUGUGUUUUUUCGAGGACGGUAUUGCGCCACCGGAGUUUGAGGAAAUAGGGAGGAAGAUUGCUAGAAACUGUGGAUGUCUUAAACUGGUGGUGGCCAGAAUUAUGCUGAUUUUGAGGAAAAUGAAGAAAGGGGUGGAGAACUGGAGCAGGUUAGCUGAGGCUCAACAUGAUCGCGUUUAUACCAUGGAUGAUGAACUAUCUGAGGCAUAUGAAGUACAAAAAUAUCUAGGAGAGGACGAUCAAGUAUGGGCAAAAAAUUUGUUUGACGUCUCCAUACUUAUAGAGAAAACUAAGGAGAUUCUUUAUCCAGACAGAACAUUUCCGAAAAUGGGAAUUAUGACAAUUUAUGGAAUGGCUGGAGUUGGCAAGACUACUCUUGUCAAAAAACUUAUUGCAGACCCCUCAAUUAUGCCUCUCUUCCGUCAUUGUGCUUGGGUCAAUAUGGGCCCAAAAUAUAAAUCCGAAGAAAUCCUUGUGGAUAUUUUAGCUCAAUUAUAUCCUUCAAUUGAUAGACAAAAUUUAAAGGAUGAUACAACAUUAGCUUUGGAUUUGUGCACUAAGAAAUGCCUCAUUGUGCUAGAUGAUCUAUGGAGCCAAGCUCCAGUGCAUAUCUUGAAAAACUUGCUCCCAAACAUCAGGGGUGAACUUGUCGUUACGACUAGGCUAAUCAAGGUUGCAAAGUUUGGACCAUUGGAUAGGUCCAGGAAAAUGCGUUUCCUAAAUAAAGACGAAAGUUGGGAUCUUCUUCGCGACAAGGUGUUUGGUGAUGAGAUUUGCCCUAUUCGACUUGAACCUAUGGGAAGGAAGAUUGCUGAGAGUUGUGAAGGCCUUCCUCUCCUAAUUCUCUCAGUCGCGGAUAAGCUAUCCGGACUUGAGAAAACCUUAGAGGAAUGGAGCAUGGUAGCAUCUGGAAAAGUACCGGUUAUUAGGGAUGCAGAAAUGAAAAUAUCAAACUCAUUGCUUCCGAGUUAUGAAGCUUUACCUCAACACUUGAAAGCAUGCUUUCUCUACAUGGGGGGUUUUCCCAAAAAGUUUGACAUCCCUACCUCUAAGCUCAUUAAUUUAUGGUUUGCUGAGGGAUUUCUUGAACCAAAUUCAUCUCAAACUUUUGAGGAUUUUGCUGCAAGAUGCUUCAAGGAGCUUGUUGAUUCUACUACUGUUAUGGUCAAGAAGGGAUCUGAUUUGGACCAUAACAAGACUUGUGAUCUUCAUCCAGUAUUUUGGCAUCUAUCACGCAGUAGGGCAAUUGAGAGCAAAUUUUUCCAUGUCUUGAAAAUUUGUGAUAUCAAUUCAAUGGAAGAUAGUAUGAAGAGCCAACGCAGAUUAUGUAUUCCAAAUAGCAUUUUAUUGGGAAUCGUAGAUGAUUCAAUGUCGGCCUUCUCAACUAUACGUACUUUGCUAUGUACCGGUCCACUUCAUCAAUAUCCAGUUCCAUUAUGUUUCAAGUCAAGAAAUUUGAAGGUUCUAGAAGCUCUUGUAAUCCGUUUCUACGAAUUUCCGAUUGAAGUAGUCACAUUGGUUCAACUAAGGUACCUUGCCCUCACUUGUGAUGGAAACCUCCCACCUUCCGUAUCCAUACUUUGGAAUCUACAAUACUUGAGAGUGAGACAAUACUUGAGUAUAAAAUCCCUGAGCAAUUCUUCGUAUUUGCCUAAUGAAAUGUGGAAUAUGAAGGAGUUGAAACAUCUUCAUGUUUCAGGUCACAAGCUACCUAAUCCAGAUUGUGAGGAGUCCCUUUUACCAAACUUGUGUUCACUCUUGGGUGUGAGUGUCCAUAGUUGUACAAUGAGGGUUCUCAAAAAAAUGCCUAAUCUUAAAAAGCUUGGAAUUCAAGUUGAAUUGGCACCAGAUGACAAUAGUGAUUCCUUAAAUUACUUAGAUCAUAUACAUCAUCUUAGUAAAUUGGAAUCACUUAAAUGUGUCGUUGUGAAUCCGGAUCUCGGGUUAGAAGAUGUUGCCCCGCUUAUUCCUAGUUCUAUGCUUCCAUCUAGCCUUAAAAAGUUGAGUUUGAGUGGGCUAGGAUAUCUUUGGGAGUACAUGAAGGUAAUCAGCAAACUACCAAAUCUUGAAGUGCUCAAACUGAGAUGCUAUGCUUUUCUAGGACCAAUUUGGGAGAUAGAUUGGCAUGAUUUCCCCCAACUCAAAUUUCUUUCAAUGGAAGAUGUUGAUUUGGUGAGUUGGGAUAUCAAAAUGCCUUGCAUCCAGAAAUUGGAGUUCUUAAUCUUUAAACACUGCUACAAUUUGGAAGAACUUCCAUCUUAUUUGCCUGUUUGUGUUCGAAAGAUUGAAGUAGUUGAAAGCCACCCUUUAUCUGAGGUUUGGGCAAAGAAAAUGAAAGAGAAGAAUUGGAGGAUAGAGGUACAAACUCUUGAACAUGAUAUCCGGUCAUCAUGGAAUGAUUCAAGGUUUAAUCAAAUUGAUGACUCUCUCCAUAUAAAUUGAAGGGAGUUUUGUGAAUCUGCAGCAAGCUUAUUCCACACCUCCGGGCGGCGUCUUCUCAACUUUCAGUAAGAACAGUACAACCUUGGCAAGCACGAGGCGAAGGCAUCGACAAUUCUCAGC